GUAUGUAUGUACAUACAUACAUACAUAUACAUACAUAGAUUAACAUUUAAAGAUGGCGUGUGAUGGCGUAUUUUAAAGUGCGUAGAAUGUAACUAUAUUUCUUGGAAAUAAAAUCACUAGUAACCCACUGUUGACUGCGUUCGCGUGCCAGUCUCUAGUUUUUAUAGUUCUGUACAGAAUAUGGAACAUAAAUGACGCUGCGUGUGGCUUGACAUAGGACUUUGUAUAAAAAAAAUCAACAAUUUUAUGUGUCUUGAGACAACGUCACAGUUUAAAUUAGUUAAAAUAUUGCAUAUUAAAUAUUUACUUUGAAUAGUACAUUACUUUGUAAAAAAUGUCGAACAGAAACGAUUACAGAAGGGAUGAUUAUAAAAGAGAAGAUUACAGAAGAGAUGACUACAGGCGAGAUGAUUACAAAAGAGACGACUACAGAAAAGGGUCAAGUUCUUAUUUGUCAGAGGAUAGACGGAGGGAAGGUGAGGAUAGUUCCAGCUCCAGAGAACGAUCACCUCACAGGCCACAUGAUCGAUAUGAGUACUCAGGCAGUUCCUUUCAAUUCCAAACAGAUAAGCAAAGAUUGGCCUUUGGUUUUGAUCAGAAACCUUCCAGUAGUGACUCAAAGAAGGGUGGUAUACAAAUGAAAUUGGGUACUGGACCGGUUAGUAAACUUACUAAACCAGUUCCUCCCAAGAAACACACAGUUGCUUCAGUUUUUAAUAAUGAUGAUGAUGAUGAACCAGAAGAAAUGCCUGCUGAAGCUAAAAUGCGAAUGAGGAAUAUUGGGCGAGAUACACCGACAUCUGCAGGCCCAAAUUCAUUUGGAAAAACUAAGCAAGGUUUCUGUGAUUCUAAGAAGAUUUUUGAAAAAACUUUGAAGAAAGCAAUGGAAGAAGCCAGUAAAUAAAUGGUGUUUUGGACUAAUUUAAUAAAUUUGAAUUAAUUCUUUGAUAUUCAGAAUAGUUGAGAAUAUUUUAUUGGAUAAUAGAGUAAUAUAGAAUUCGAAAUUUAAUGAUGCAAUAUUUGCAUUGUCCAAUGGUCAAGUUAUGUCAAUGAAUUGUCAUAUAAGAAAAUGUUAAUUUCAUUAGAAUAACUUUUGAAUUUUACAGAAUGUAUUCUUGAUUUACAUCAAAAAUAAGUAAUUACUGUAACUAAUGUUUAAGUAUGGAUUCAAAUGUCAACAGUUUCAUUUUAUGCUCUCUGUAGUUUCUUAUUUAAAUUUGCUCAUAUUACAAUUAUCUACAUAAAUUGAAAUUUCAAUCACAUAAAAACUUUCUAUAUUAUGAUCUUAGAUUUAAUAAAGUUACUAAAAAUCU